AACCUUCGCCGCGGCCUCCCGUUCCGCUGUUGUGUGUUCCCCGCCGCCGCCCCGGCCUAGCGCACGCACCUCCCUCAUGCCCGAUGCUUCCCGUGGCGCGCACCGACCGACCGUCCCCGCUUGAGCUACGCCAGUGCCCGCCCAGGGAGUCGCAGGCCCGCGUCGCGCUCCGCACGCUCGCUUGCUGUCGCGAUGCUCCCCUGAUUGGAUCGGAACUGAGGCCGGUGCUGGCGGCGCAGCUGGCCCUGGCGUUCAAGAUGUCACCGUGCCUCGGAUGAAGAUGGAGGUGACCCGGGACAGAAUCCUGGCCAACAAGGGGAUACAGCCGUGCACGCCCCCGGCGGCGACCUCCUGAAGGCCGGCGAGGUGUGCCGCAAUAUCCGGCUCGCGAGGACGCUGAGGGCCGUCGCGGAGCAGGAGCUGGGCGUGUUCUAUGACGCAAGGUGGGGGAGCGGCUGGUGAAGGAAGUGAGGGAGGUCGGAGGGAUCCUGACGGCGGAGGACCUAAAGAGGUACCAGGUCAAGGUGCGGCGGCCGCUGAUGGAGAACAUGAUGGGGCUCCAGGUGGUCACCAUGCCGCCACCGUCGCCUGGAGGUGCCGGGAUGCUACUUGUGAGUCCUCUGCGCUCUGAUUCUCUGAACAGUGCUACCAUUUGUUCAUAUCUAUCUUGUCACGUUUUGCACCAAAAAAAACUUUAUAUCUUGUCAUGGUCCUAAGUCCUAACACCCCAGUUCACUUGUGAAAAAUAGAUUUUGAACAUCCUUGCUCAGUAUGGAAUUUCUUCUGGUUUUGCUGGCUCUCUUGGACAACCUCAUCGAGUCCUUGAAACAUUACAUGGCUGUAAAGAUGAACCUUGACAACCCGGACUUUGUGAAUGAUAAUGGGGUUGUAUCUGAUAUGAUGUCCCCAAAAUUCGCUGCUGAGCUGAAGACGACCAUCUACGACAAUAUGACAUUUGACCCCAAACAUUACGGUAGAAGGUGGAACAUCCUUCAGGACCAUGGAACCAGCCACCUGUCCAUCAUCGACAGCGAGCGAAACGCGGCUUCCAUGACCAGCACCAUCAACUCAUACUUCGGGUCCCUGAACUUGUCACAGGUGGGUAGAGGCGCAAGGAUGGCUCGCUGGAUCUGGGUGGCUGGCUGGCAGCACGCUGGGCGCGGGCUGCGGCGGCGGCCGGCGGAGAGGGUAGGAGGAGGAAGGUCGAGGAGGAAUCAACACAAUGUUGGGCGAACCCCAAUCGGGUGAGACGACUCGGUUGGGUGGCUCAACAGGCAUAACGAGGCACGGUUGUGUUUCAGGUGGAACAUCCUUCAGGACCAAAUUUUAACAUGGAGUACCACAUGUUGUAUGUGGGAAGUAGAAAAAAUUUCAAGGUGAA